GACAUCAACAAGCGCCUGUCGCUGCCUGCAGACCCCCGGCUGCCCGAGGGGGGGGCGCUGCCGGGACCCCUCAGCCGCCGCCUGCGCCGAGUCUCCCUGUCCGAAAUCGGCUUCGGCAAACUGGAGACCUACGUCAAACUGGACAAACUGGGAGAGGGGACGUACGCCACGGUGUACAAGGGGCGGAGCAAACUGACCGAGAACCUGGUGGCGCUGAAGGAGAUUCGGCUGGAGCACGAGGAGGGGGCGCCCUGCACCGCCAUCAGGGAGGUGUCGCUGCUGCGGGACCUGAAGCACGCCAACGUGGUGACGCUGCACGACAUCGUCCACACCCCCCACUGCCUCAUGGUCUUUGAGUACCUGGAUCGGGACCUGAAGCAGUACCUGGACGACUGUGGCAACGUCAUCAGCAUGCACAACGUCAGGCUCUUUUUGUUCCAGUUGCUUCGGGGUUUGGCUUUUUGUCACCGUCACAAAGUUCUGCACCGAGACCUCAAACCCCAGAACCUGCUGCUCAGCCGCCGGGGGGACCUCAAGCUGGCGGAUUUCGGUCUGGCCAGGGCCAAAUCCAUCCCCACCAAGACAUUCUCCAACGAGGUUGUGACCUUGUGGUACCGACCCCCUGACAUCCUGCUGGGCUCCACUGAGUACUCCACACAGAUUGACAUGUGGGGGGUCGGCUGCAUCUUCUCGGAGAUGGUGACGGGGCGGCCGCUGUUCCCGGGCUCCACGGUGCAGGAGCAGCUGCAUUUCAUCUUCCGCCUCCUGGGCACCCCGACGGAGCAGACGUGGCCGGGGAUCGGCGCCAACGCCGAGUUCCAGUCGCACCAGUAUCCCCAGUACCCGGCGCAGGGGCUGCGGCAGCACUGCCCGCGCCUAGACCAGGACGGCGCCGACCUCUUGGGGCAGCUGCUGCAGUUCGAGGGCCGGCGGCGGGUGGCGGCGGCAGCGGCCAUGGCUCAUCCCUUCUUCUGCGGGCUCGGGCCCCGCGUCAGCGCCCUGCCCGACACCACGUCAAUCUUUGCCCUGAAGGAGAUUCAGCUGCAGAAGGACCCAGCACCCCCCUCGGGUUCUUCAGCCUUUCAGGUGCUCGACACUGAGUUCUGACAGAGGCCAGGCUGCUGCUGCCACACCCCCCAAAUUUGGGGGGGCUGGGGGAGGAGAUGGAGAGAAAAGGGGGUGCCCCCCCCCCCCAAACUGGAAGAGGAGACACCCCCAAACUGGGAGAAGGACAAACAAACCCUCCCCCAAAGUUGGGGUGAGGAGGAAGGGGAGAUGAAGGACCCCAAACUCCACCAAGAGGGGCAAAGCCCUGGACUAGGGGGGGGGGGGAUCCCCCAAAACUUGGCCCCUCCCCCUCCCCAGCUGCUGGAUUUUGGGGUGAGGGGGGGUCCAUCAGACCCCCCUCAACUUGUUUGGGGGGGGUGACAUGGAUUUUGGGGGUCUCUUCCCCCCCCCCAAAGUGCCAUCGAGCUUUAUUUUUGCAAGAGUUUAAAGCAGAGUCUGUAUUGGCCCCUCCCCCACCCCCAGGGGGCGGGGCUUGUGGAGGGGCGGGGCCAUGGGAGCCUUUGGAGUUAUUACCCUGGGGUUAAUCUGGGGUUAAGUGGGUUAAUCAAGGGUUAAUCUGGGUUUAAUUGGGGUUAAUCCGGGGUUACGUGGGUUAAUCAAGGGUUAAUCCGGGUUUAAUUGGGUUAAUCUGAGGUUAAUCUGGUGUUAAGUGGGUUAAUCUGGGGUUAAUUUGGGUUAAUAUGAGGUUAAUAUGGGGUUAAGUGGGUUAAUCAAGGCUUAAUCUGAGGUUACUUGGGGUUAAUAUGGGGUUAAGUGGGUUAAUCAAGGGUUAAUCUAGGGUUAAUUGGGGUUAAUAUGGGGUUAAGUGGGUUAAUCAACGGUUAAUCCGGGUUUAAUUGGGUUAAUCUGAGGUUAAUCUGGUAUUAAGUGGGUUAAUCUGGCAUUAAGUGAGUUAAUCUGAGGUUAAUUGGGGUUAAUAUGAGGUUAAUAUGGGGUUAAAUUGGUUAAUCAAGGGUUAAUCCGGGGUUGAGUGGGUUAAUCAAGGCUUAAUCUGAGGUUACUUGGGGUUAAUCUGGG